AGUUGCAAUUCAUUCACAUUUAGUUCACACAAACAAACUUCAAAUGCCACUACACAUUUACCAGUCCUAACUUUAGUAUUAUAACUUUUAAUUUGUACUAUUUUUCUUUUCAGGAUCUACAACAUGUUCGUUAUGAAUUAAACGAAAGGGACAGGACGGGACUGAAAGGACACCCUCUGAAUUCCUCCACUUCUCAAGAAGUCCCCUCGUGCUACCUCUUAGAGAGUCCCAUUCAAGUCAGUUGCAACCGUCGAUUGCUGAAAUAAACACCGUUCUUCAAUCGCUUGUUAAAUCGCCGUGAAAAGUGCCAUAGUUAACAAUGGUAUGUUUACUUCCUGUGUUAGUCGCUGCUGGUACUUUACUUGGGUUGAUUGAUGGGGCUAACGCCCAGCACUACGCCUCCAAAUACGACCAUAUUGACGUCGACGCUAUCCUUAAUAACAGAAGGAUCGUGAAUUACUAUGCCGCUUGUCUGCUGUCGGAAGGACCUUGUCCGCCGGAAGGGAUCGAGUUUAAAAGAAUUUUACCAGAAGCUUUGAGAACCAACUGUCACAGAUGUACCGAAAAACAAAAGACGGUGACACUUCGAGCCAUCAGACGAUUGAAGAAAGAGUACCCCAAAGUAUGGGCCCAGCUGGAAAAACAGUGGGACCCUGACAGCAGCUACAUAUCCAAAUUCGAAUCGACUUUCGGUGGCAAACCGGUCGAAUCCAGUCCAACGCCAUCCGUCCAAAUUGUGAACAGAUUCGCCUCAACAGAGAACGAUAACAAGACCGUUCAGAAUACCAUAAGUCAGCUUUUCACUACGCCAUUGCCCACGUCUACAAGCACCAGGACAAGUACCAGUAGCACUACCACUGCUACUACUGGUACAACUACUAGUACAACUACUAGUACAACUACUAGGACAACCACUAGGACAACUACUCCUACCACAAAGACCACAACCACUAAACCUACUACAGUUAGUACCAAAGCCACACCCGUAACAAAAGCCACUAUUGAUGAUUUUGGCACGAUAAGUACCAUCAAACUAAACAUUAACACAAUUUCAGCAUCUGCUAAACCUAAAAAGCGCCCUAGACCAAAUAUAGGACAAAGUAUACAAGCUACGGUGGAAGUGGUGAAAUCUAUAGAGAAAAUGGUUAAUCAGAUAGCACGGGAAAAAUUGGAAUUCAUUAGUCGUCUACUUACUGGAUAGCGUUAAUUUAACGAUUUUUUUAGAAAACUACUGACUGAAGACGUGAUAAAAUUGUUAUUAAGACAUUAUUGUUUCUAUUUAUCCAUUUUUUGUAAACUUUUUGACCCUAAGAGAAGAUUUGUGGACAAAGUUCAUAAAAAUAAUAAAUUUUACGAAUAUCCAGAUACGUAAAGCAGUACUUAGUGGCCAAAAUCUAUUUUAAAGAUGAGUGAAAGUAAUGAAUUUACACAGAGGGUGUUGCAUUAUUCCACCGACUCCAAUUGUACAAGUAAUUCUCUGAUAAAAAAUUUGGAAAAAAGUAAAGAUUUAUUUUCAUUUGUUCUGUACGUUUCCUGGUUCAUGAAUUGAUACGUGUUCUGUUCUUUUGCUGACCCAUUAGGUUAAACUAUAUUAUAGUUUGAGUCAGUGUAGUCGCUACAAAAAAAGGAAAAGUUUUCCUAAUUCAGCAGACAUGAACUUUUCAUUUUAUUUUUAGUCAAAUAGUUGCUCAAAAUUCCGACAGUGGGAUAUUGCAAUACCAUGUAUAUCGAUGUAGAAACCUUUUGUAUUGUAUAGGAACAGUUCAUACCAUAAAAAAGUAUAUUAUAUAUUUCACAAUCAACCCUCAUGAUAGUGUUUAGUUCUUCCUCCAUAAAUCUAAUAUUUGUUUGUUGUUGUGAAUAACUUCCUCAUCACAAUCCUUUCAUAGACAAUCACUUUACUACUAAUAAAGGUCAAUUCGCACCAAGCCAGUCACGUCCAAUCUUGUCUGACGCUACUGGAAUCAAUUACUAAAAAAGAAAAGAAAAAAACAGCAGUUUGGUUUCAUUAUGAAUACAAAUCCAGUGGUAGCGAAUCUUGUGCUAGACUGGUGCGGAGCGAAAUGAUACUAAAUUUUAUCAAUAUUACAGGAUAGUAAGAACAACGAUUAACGAAUACUUAUAUUUAUUGUGAACACAGUAUAGCAACACAUUUUACUUUAUAAUAUGAAAUUAUUUAUCCGACUUGCCAAUUUUGCUGUGGUGUAAUUAUUUUUUUAUAAUUCCUACCACGACGGCAGUAUGUGUGCCAAAUAAAUGUUGUUAUAUAUUUUGAUAAUUAUGUCAUUGAAUAAAGUAAACUUUUGUAGAAAAA